GGCCUGGAGCUGGCCUCCCCCGGGCCCCACCACCGCCCCCACCGCCAUCCCCACCACUGCCACCUCCGCCGCUUCCUCCUCGGGGCCCUCCUUUUUUACCGCCCCCUUCGCCGCCUCCACACAUUCUAGGCCUUCUGUCCUGGAGAAGAAGCUAUAAAAGGUCUCCCUGUGGGUCCGGGGUGCAGCGAUGGCGGACGGCGGUGAAGCGGCCCAGGCCUCCGCCAGCAGGGGCGGCGGUCCCAUCAACCCGGCCUCGCUGCCCCCUGGCGACCCUCAGCUCAUCGCCUUCAUUGUGGAGCAGCUCAAGAGCCGGGGCCUUUUUGACAGCUUCCACCGGGACUGCCCUGCCGAUGUGGACACCAAGCCAGCUUACCAAAACCUGAGCCAAAAAGUGGAUAAUUCUGUGCCAGCACAUCUGGACCAGCGGGAAUGGAAUCCUACAAUGAACAAAAAUCAACUGAGCAACGGUCUGAGGCAGAGUGUGGUUCAGUCAGGGAUGUUGGAAACAGUAGACAGGAUUAUUUCUCAGGUGGUGGAUCCAAAACUAAACCACAUCUUCAGGCCACAAAUAGAACGAGCAAUUCAUGAGUACCUGCUGGCCCAGAUAAAAGCAGCUGUACCAGCAGCCCCUCCAGAGCCUGAAGGCCAGGACCCUCCAGCUCCAUCUCAGGAUAAUUUCUAAGAAUAGGCCUGACACCUUUUGAAAGCUCUGUUUAAUUUUUGGUGAAGAAAUGGAUUCGGUUACAUAAGAAUGCGAUUUUAGACUGAAGAUAGGCCAAGGUCAUCACUGAGCUCAAGAUCCCCAUCUCGACCAUGUGCAGUGACCAGAUUGAAAAGGGAGCACAUUCAGCUGCGGGGAAGUUGACCCUGUCACCCCUGCAUUGUGAGGCCAUUUGACCAGCCUGUCCAAGGGCAUGACACCAAGUAGACAGAGAGAGAAACACUGCAGCAACCCAACGUUUAUACUUGAACAUGGAGACUGAACAGGGAUUUUAGGGUUUGUGCUCCGGGAUAAACAAAAGCUACAGCAAGAGAACAUAACCAGUUCCAAAGACAAUUUCAAAGAACAAUGACAGUAAAGGUUAACGGAGUAGUAUUUGACAGUACUUAUUUGAUAUUGUCUCUCAGAGUUGCAAACUAGAUCGUACACGAUGUUAGCGUCGGAUAGCUUUAAAGUUGUGACGUUCUUGUCUAUGAAUCCUCAGCCAGUUUCCUUUCCUCUGUAAGAGGUAACAAAAUAUGAAACCCCAGAAUGAGUGAGAAGUAUUGAGACGUUCAGACGUGAGGUAUGAGGAAACUCAUUUGCAGACUCUCUGUCCAAGGCUGCUUCCCGUCUCGCAGGGGCUACUGAAUCCUGAGUGUGUUUAUGUUCCUGUCACAUUUGUGUUUAUUUUAGAAAAAUGGAUGAUCAAUAAAUGGCUUAUCUUUCAACAACCAUAAAAAAGAAAUGCAGAUUAGAUCUUUGUCUUCUUUAAAUUCCAUCAGUUUUCUGAUGUUUCUAAAAGGUCAGACACCUGGCAUGGUUUAUGAGGCCUGUGAUAAUGGGGCUUCUGGUCACCUCUGUUGCUCCAAAUGACGGCCAUGCCCAUGACUAUCCUGGACGCCCUGUGUUCCCUCCGUGCACUGUGAAGGGAAUGCCAUCAACCACUUUUACCCUCCUUUAAGGCUCAGUCCCCAAGGAACCACACGUCGCGCCCCACCUGCAUCUAAGCAGGAGUGACAGACUCCUUCCUCUGUGCUCCCAUAGAUCCCAUAGGGAUGACCACACUUACAGUAAUAGCCAGGUCUAACGAAGCACUUGCUCUAUGGCGGGCAGUGUACUAAACGCUUAACUUCACUUACCAUAGUAAGGCCUCACGAUCUAAUUGAAGAAAUCCUAUCUUUAUUUCCAUUUACAAAUGUAGAAAACAAAGCUCAGACACUGCCUAAGUGGUGGGGAUGGGCCUGAGCCUGUGUUGAGCACAGGGCCCUCACUUUUAACCCUUUUAACCAUGCUCUUAACCACACCACCUCACCACAGUGAACUGUCUUUGCUUACAGAUCUGUCAUCCCCACUUAAAUGUGAGCUUCCUCCAGGGUAGGGAUUUGCUUUGUUCAUUUCUUUUCCUUAACCCCAGGACCUAGCACAUUACAGGAGCUCAGCAAUUUGUAGAAAGAAACCAGUUCUGGAUUUGUCUUUUCCAACAUUUAAUUUCUCAGAUGGCAGCAUUUAUCAUCUAAAAAGUGAACAAAAAUUAAUUUUGCAUCUAAUAUCUACAUGUCUAAGCAAAAAAGAGCUUUCUUAUCCCUGGAGGUAUUUUAUCUGUAAUAUUUACCUAUGAGUUAUUUUAAAUGGUUCCUCAAAAUUUAGAAUUCAGAAGGUAGAAGACCAUGUCCUCUCUGAAAAUGUCCCUUCCUCUCCCAGGUACCAGGCUCCUUUUAAAAUUAGCUUCAGAAUAUGAACAACCCAGCUCUUUAAAGUUUAAUGUCCCCGCCAUUUUAAUUGUUUCUUUCAAAGUACAAAAGAGCAGCUGGGCCACAUCGGCACUAAUCACUUGCCAACUUUCCUUUUUACAAAAACAGCUAAGCUCUUUCUGAGAUUUAAAAUCACUCCAUCUGAGACCCCAGCUUGGCACCUAUCUUUGCACUAACAUAAAAGGAACCUAAUUUCUGCUUUUAAGAAAUGUGUUGCGGAAGUGAUUUUUGGUUUGGGGUUUGUUCUUCUUCUUUUUAAAAGUAACAUAAUAAAGUGUAAUACAAUUUUUAAAGUUUUUUUUUCCUCUACCAGUUCUCUAUUCCCCCUUUCUACUUGAAUUGUCCUUAGAUGGGGUUGCCAGAUGAAAUACAGGAUGCUCAGUAAAUGUGAAUUUCAGGGGAGCAACAGAUACUCUCCUAGGGCAUGGACCAUUUAAUAUUUGAAACAUAUUUGUAUUAAGAAAUAUUUGUUGUGUUUAUUUGAAAUUCGAAUUUAUUGGUGCCCUGUGCUUUAGUUUGCCAAAUCUGCCAACGCUAGCCUGUGUGCUUCCUCUUCCCACCGCAUGAGUUUGGCAAAUGGAAAAUGCUAACCUAUAUGAUGGACACUGCUGUAUUCUGAAAAUAAAUAUGUAAACAAAUAAAACUGUGCUGUGACUUGAGAGAGUUCAUCACAUGCAUGCAGCACGCAUGCCCACUGGUCCCUGCUAAAUAAUUCUUUUCUUGCAAUCCAGAAGGAUAAACAAAUGCAAUUUUU